AUGACGAAGGACUGGUUCGCUGCGAAUCCCUACCCGAACUUGCACCUGUCGGUGGAACAAAAGAUCGAGCUCGUCGAGCUCGUGAACGAGUUCGUGGAGGGGUACUUCCAGAAGUACGAGGACUUCGUCGCCAUCGACAACCGCCGCGUGGACGAGCAACGCUGGAAACACUUCAAGUCCAAGGACGAUCUUCACGUUUACAAAGAUCGUUAUCGUCAGGAGGCCGAGCAAGACAUGGAACCCUGGAACUCGGUUGACUUGAAUGAAGACGCGGCGCCAACCAAGUCGGAUAUGCCUGUGUCGGAUAUGCCUGUGGUGCUGCGAGUGGGAACAGUGCUCGGCCGCCUGGACGACCUCAUGUUCGGCUGCGUGAACCCGACACUCGACGUCAUGCGCAUCCGAGCGUCGUACGUCCACGACGUCCACAUUGGCGCGGUGUUGUGCCCCGUGAUCGAGCCCAGCAAGGAAGAGCCCUUCCGUUCACUUAUCGUCAAAUGGCUCACGCUUGACAACCCGUUCGAGUCCACCAACCUCAUCAAGACACGCGACUUUGUGUACAUCGAGGCGACGGGUAUACUUCACUUCGCCAACGGCGACAGGGUCGGCUACCACCUCAAACACUCCAUCGAGUUCCCAGGCACUCAGCCGCGACCGAACAUCAUUCGCGCCAAGAUGUCGUACUGCAGCUUCUUCCGCCAGAUUCACACCAACGUCCUCGACGUGUUCGGGACCAGCACUAUGGUCCCUGGAGGUGACAUCCGGCGCUUCAUCUCGAUUCGAGUAGCCACGGACGCUCUGCUGUCGACGGCCAACCUCGUGUUCUGCGGCCAGAUGAAGAAGUUGUCGUGGAUGCUGCAGCAGCAACGCUCCGUGGGUCUGCAGAGGGAACGCAACAAGAACUGCGUCAUGUGCAACAAGUCUACAGCGUCGGGCAUCAGGGGGAAGUUCGGCAAGAGUACUUGCAAGUUGUGCUACGGCUCCGUGUGCUACUCGUGCAAGAUCAACUGGCGCGUGAGCUUCAUCGAUCUCGGUGGCGAGCUGGUUCAGCGUAAAAUUGCCUUCUGUAUGACGUGCAUCAGCAGCGCUUCGAUCUGCGAUGCGAAGAUGGCGGCGAGGGACCAAGCUGCAGGUCACCGGCCCUACAAGGCCUUCUCAACCGACUCUCAAGCUUCGGACACGGCGGAAGUAUCAGACGGUAAUAACUAG